UCUUGUUGUUGGAUGAAAAGUCAAAGUUUUUGGUAAUAGUAGAUUAUAGUUAAUUGCAGCAAACAUUGUUGUACCAAUUACAAGUAAGAACACUAGCAAAAGAGAGAGGGACAGAAAUCACAGAUCAUUCUUGUUUGCAAAUUACUCUUAGCAUUCAACAGAUUUCAGAAAUGGAGAUUGGCUUAGCAGUUGGUGGUGCAUUUCUGAAUGUUCUGUUUGAUAGGCUUGCUCGUCGGGUUGAGCUGCUCAAGAUGUUUCAUGAUGAUGGGCUUUUAGAGAAGCUGGGGAACAUUUUGGUUGGUCUUCAGAUUGUGCUGAGUGAUGCAGAGAAUAAGCAGGCAUCAAAUCAACUCGUGAGACAGUGGCUUAAUAAGCUUCAGAGUGCUGUGGACUCUGCUGAAAACUUAAUGGAACAAGUUAAUUAUGAGGCUUUGAAGCUUAAAGUGGAAGGUCAACAUCAAAAUCUUGCAGAGACAUGUAACCAGCAAGUAUUUCGAUUUUUUUCAGAGUGCUGUGGACGGCGCUUGAGUGAUGAUUUUUUUCUUAACACAAAGAAGAAGUUGGAAGACACCAUUAAAAGUUUGGAGGAGUUAGAAAAGCAAAUUGGUCGACUUGGCUUACAGAGGUAUUUCGAUUCGGGUAAGAAACUAGAAACUAGAACACCUUCAACUUCUGUGAUUGAAUCUGAUGUCUUUGGUAGGCAGAAUGAAAAAAAGGAAUUGAUUGACCUUUUAUUGUCCAAGGAUGCAAGUGAAAAAAAUCUGACUGUUGUCCCUAUUGUUGGAAUGGGGGGCGUGGGUAAGACAACACUUGCUAAAGCUGCUUACAAUGAUGAGAAGUUGCAAAGCCAUUUUAAUUUGACAGCUUGGUUUUGUGUGUCUGAGCCAUAUGAUGCUUUCAGAAUAACAAAAGGGUUACUUCAAGAUAUUGGCUCAUUUGACUUAAAGGAUGACGAUAAUCUUAAUCGGUUACAAGUCAAGUUGAAGGAAAAACUAAAUGGAAAAAGGUUUCUCAUUGUUCUAGAUGAUGUGUGGAAUGACAACUACAAUGAGUGGGAUGACUUGAGGAAUAUUUUUGUUCACGGAGAUAUUGGAAGUAAGAUCAUUGUGACGACACGUAAAGAGAGUGUUGCCUUGAUGAUGCGAUCUGAGCAAAUUAGCAUGGACACCUUGUCUAUUGAUGACUCUUGGUCUUUAUUUAAAAGACAUGCAUUUGAAAACAUGGACCCUAUGGAACAUCCGGAACUUGAAGAGGUCGGGAAAAAAAUUGCAGCUAAGUGCAAAGGACUGCCCUUAGCUCUGAAGACGCUCGCUGGCUUGUUACGCUCCGAAUCAGAGGUUGAAGGGUGGAGACGUAUUUUGAGAAGUGAAAUAUGGGACCUGUCAAACAAUGACAUAUUACCAGCGUUGAUGUUGAGCUACGAUGAACUUCCCCCAUAUUUAAAGCCAUGCUUUUCCUAUUGUGCAAUAUUUCCUAAAGAUUAUCCAUUUAGGAAAGAACAAGUUAUUCAUCUGUGGAUUGCUAAUGGUCUUGUAGUACCACGGGGAGAUGAAAGAAUUCAAGAUUUAGGCAACCAAUUCUUUCUCGAGUUGAGAUCAAGAUCAUUAUUCGAAAGGGUCCGAAAUCCUUUUCAAGGGAACACAGAGGAAUUCUUAAUGCAUGACCUUGUCAAUGAUUUAGCCCAAAUUGCAUCUUCAAAAGUUUGUGUCAGGCUGGAAGAGUGCCAAGGAUCUCAUAUGUUGGAUCGAAGUCGGCACUUGUCUUAUUCAAUGGGACUAGGUGGUGGCUUUGAGAAAUUGACACCCGUCUAUAAAUUGGAGCAGCUGAGGACAUUUCUUCCAAUCAAUAUCCAGGGCCUUUGGGGAAUUAAGCUAAGCGAGAGGGUGCUGCAUAACAUACUGCCAAGUCUAACAUCUUUAAGGGCAUUAUCAUUGUCUCAUUACUGGAUUAAGGAGUUGCCAAAAGAUUUGUUUAUCAAAUUAAAGCUUCUGAGAUUUUUGGACCUUUCUCGGACAAAAAUUACAAAAUUGCCCAAUUCUAUCUGUGCAUUGUAUAACUUGGAGAUAUUUCUCCUGUCAUCUUGUGAUGAUCUUGAGGAGCUACCGCCGCAGAUGGAAAAGUUGAUCAAUUUGCGGCAUCUUGACAUUAGCAACACUUCUUGCUUGAAGAUGCCGCUACAUCUGAGCAAGUUGAAAAGCCUCCAAGUGCUAGUGGGAGCUGAAUUUCUUUUAGGUGGCCCCUGUGGUUGGAGAAUGGAAGAUUUGGGUGAAGCACAUUGCUUGUAUGGAUCUCUAUCAAUUUUAGAGCUGCAAAAUGUGUUUGAUAGAAGGGAAGCUCAGAACGCAAACAUGAGGGAGAAGUAUCAUGUUGAAAAGUUAUCGUUGGAGUGGAGUGAAAGUAAUGCUGACAAUUCACAAACUGAAAGAGACAUACUUGAUGAGCUAUGCCCACACACAAAUAUAAAAGCACUCCAAAUCUCCGGAUAUAGAGGGACACAAUUUUCAAAUUGGCUAGCUGAUCAUUCGUUUCUUAAGCUGCUAGUACAAUUGUCUCUUAGCAACUGCAAGGACUGUUUUUCCUUGCCAGCACUAGGACAACUUCCUUGUUUGAAAUUCCUUUCCAUUAAAGAGAUGCUUCGAAUAACAGAGAUAACGGAGGAAUUCUAUGGUAGUCCGUCCUCCAAAAAGCCUUUUAACUCUCUUGAGGAGCUUGUAUUUGCAAAGAUGCCGGAGUGGAAGCAGUGGCACGUACUAGGGAACGGAGAGUUUCCUGCACUUCGGAACCUUUCAAUUGAAGAUUGCCCCAAGUUGGUUGGGAAGUUCACCGAGAAUCUUUGUUCUCUGACAAAGUUGAGAAUCUCAAGAUGUCCUGAACUCAAUUUGGAGACACCCAUCCAACUUUCAAGUUUAAAAAGUUUUCGAGUUACUGGUUCUCCUAAGGUUGGAGUUCUUUUUGAUGACGCUGAACUGUUUACAUCCCAACUUGUGGGAAUGAAACAGAUUGUUCUUUUAGAAAUUAGUGGUUGUGACUCUCUUACCUCAUUACCUAUUAGCAUUCUGCCGAACUCCUUGAAGACAAUAAGGAUAGGUCAUUGCCGGAAAUUUCAAAUGGGGGCAUCAGAUAGUAGUAGUAAGAUGAUAUCUAACAUGUUUCUGGAGGAAUUGGAUCUGGUUGAAUUUGAGUCGGUCCCAAGAGCACGAUAUUUGAGGGUAAUUAGUUGCCACAAUCUUACUAGGUUUUUGAUUCCUAAUGGGGGGACUGAAAGACUCCAGAUUAUGUUUUGUGGGAAUCUUGAAAUACUACUUUCGAUGGCAUGUGCGACCCAGAUGACGUCACUGAGUAUUUUCGGAUGCAAAAAGCUGAAGCGGCUGCCAGAAUGUAUGCAGGAACUCCUUCCAUCUCUUAAGGAACUGCGACUGUUUCUUUGUCCAGAAAUAGAGCCCUUUCCUGAUGGAGGAUUACCCUUCAAUUUACAAUACCUUGAGAUCAGGGAUUGCGAGAAACUGGUGAACGGACGAAAGGAGUGGCGCUUACAGAGACUCCUCUCUCUCAGAGAGUUAGUCAUCUUCCACAAUGGCAGCGACGAAGAGAUUGUUGGUGGUGAGAAUUGGGAGUUGCCUUACUCUAUUCAAAGUCUUACCAUACGCAAUCUGAAAACAUUAAGCAGCCAACUUCUCAACAGCCUCACCUCUCUUGAAUCUCUAUGGACUCGUAAUUUACCUCAAGUUCAGUCACUGCUGGAAGAAGGGCUUCCCUCCUCUCUUUCUGAGCUAUGUUUAUACGACCAUCAUGAGCUCCAUUCAAUACCGACCGAAGGUCUUCGGCACCUCACUUCACUUCGAUGUCUAGUGAUCAACCAGUGCCCUAAUAUCCAAUCACUUGCAGAAUCAGCGCUGCCCUCCUCCCUGUCUGAGCUGACAAUCAAGCAUUGCCCUAAUCUCCAUUCACUUCCCGAAUCAUCGGUUCCCUCUUCCCUUUCUGAGCUGACAAUUAAACAUUGCCCUAAUCUCCAAUCACUUCCCGAAUCAUCGCUUCCCUCCUCCCUUUCUGAGCUGACCAUCAAGCAUUGCCCUAAUCUCCAAUCACUUCCCAAAUCAGCUCCCUCCUCCCUCUCUAAGCUGACCAUCGAGAAUUGCCCUAAUCUCCAAUCCCUUCCAUUAAAAGGGAUGCCCUCUUCCCUCUCUAAACUAUCUAUUCGCAACUGCCCAUUGCUCAAACCACUAGUAAAAUUUGACAAGGGGGAGUACUGGCCAGAAAUCGCUCACUUCUCCAACAUAAAUAUUGAUGGCGAAUACCUUUGAUGAUUAAAACCAAAUGGUGCUCUCACAAAUUGUGGAGCGUCUAUUUCUCAAACUGUGUCUUGAAUUCAACGAGGGGGCUUACUGCCAAAAAUUGCUCAUAUUUCCACCAUAAAUAUAGAAUGGGAGUACUUGUAUGAUUAAAACGAGGGGUGCUCCGAUAGAUUGAAGCUGAGGAAGCAUCUUCAGAUCAAGAUGAAAUCUUUACAUUUACACCAAAACAUCGAAAAAGAAAUCUACUUUAGAUGAAAGUAUGAUUCGCCAUCAUGAAAGCUGUUCGGCUUUGUUCUGCAUUUUGUCGUCUCUUCUAUAGAGAUAAAGGGUCCAACAAAUGCAACCUCACUUUCUCAAUGAGGUCCAACAUGCAAUCAAUUUGCGCCAGAGAUGAAUUUAAGGCUAAUAAAAUGGACAGGCGUAUCAUGAUGUAUUAACACAAACAAUGGAGAAGCCAUCAGUUCUUGAUUAAUAGAGGUCAAUUGGCAACUUGGCUCCCUUCACGUUGCUUUGUUCUUCUAUCGAAUGCAAAGCUCUAAUAGAAUUCAAAGGAUUUUGGUAACAAUAUGUGUAUGCUGUUACAACACUUAGCUCAGUUGGUAAAAGGAAAUUUCUGCUGCAAUUCUCUAUUAAAUAGAAAGUCACUCGAAUGUGAUCUGACAGCAAAACAACGGGUUCAUUGGGUCAUAGAAUCUUCAGCUGAUGGAGCAAGUCCUGCAACUGCUACCGCCGAUCAAUCUGGGAACCUGUCAUUAGAUGUCAAAUCCAAUGUUGUACGGAAGGACCGCACGUGAUUCAACUUUUUGGCAUGGUCGAAUUUGUCCAAUCGGAAAGCCUCUGGUGUAUUGCUUCAAUAUAAGUAUUUCCUUGCAUACCUUCUAAUUAUUGUUCAAGAUGCAUGUGUAUACAUGUACAUAUAGGUUUCUCUCCUUUUCAGUUGUAUACCUUCUAAUUAUCGUUCACGAUGGGGGUGUGUGUGUGUUUAUUUCGUGCUUGCAGUCCUAUAUGCAAAUGUUUGGGAUUUCUCUGUGUACUUUUUUCUUUUAUAUGAGCUAUGAAGGAAGCCUUGGAGGAAGUGGUAAAGUUGCUGCCAUGUGACCAGGAGGUCGCGGGUUCAAGCCGUAGAAAUAGCACCUUGCAGAAAUGUAAGGUGAGGCUGCGUUAAACAAACCCUUGUGGUCCGGCUCUUCUCCAGACCCCGCGCAUAGCUAGAGCUUCUAAGUCGCAUGACCAACUGAGAAGCUUCUAUGGACCCUGUGCAUAGUUGGAGCUUAAUGCACCGGACUGCCCUUUUUGGUAGCGAUAAUGAGUUGUGCAGAUCCGAGAUUAGCAUACUGUGCAUGUGAUCAUGUAAAAAUUUUCUGGUAUGAACUGAAAAACUGUUUUCAAGUAAAAGGAAAAGUAAUUGCAGUUGUUGUCUUCUAUAAAAUUAUUGUUUGUUGAUCUUUCCAA